AUGUGGCGACUAUUCGGCCGUUCCUCUGACUCCCCCGAGAAGAGCCCCGCUCCCCGGAGCCUGCCCGCAUCAUGGUAUCGCUCCGAAGCCAUGUACCAGCUGGAGCGACGGGCCAUCUUCUCCAAACGGUGGAUGCUGCUCACUCAUGCCAGCCGGUUCACCAAACCGGGCGAUUUUCUCUCCUUCACCGUCUCCAACUUCUCCUUCUUCCUGGCUCGCGAUCGCGACGGUAACAUCAACGGCUUCCACAACAUGUGUCGACACCGCGCGUACCCCAUCGUGCAAGCCCGAUCCGGAACCGCCUCCAUCCUCAGCUGCAAGUACCACGGCUGGUCCUACGGCUUCAAGGGCAACCUCUCCAAAGCUCCUCGCUUCGAGACCGUGCCCGGCUUCGACAAGAGCCAACACAGCCUCCUUCCCAUCCACGUUUACAUCGACAAGGCGGGCUUCGUCUGGGUGAACCUCGAAUCCGGGGACCCGGAAGUCAAAUGGGAAGAUGACUUUGAGAAGAUCGACGAGCAGCCACGAAUGCAGGAUUUUGACUUUGGCGGGGAUUACACCUUUGACCAUUACUGGGAGAUGGAUCUGAAGGCGAACUGGAAGCUGCUGAUCGAGAACUAUAAUGAGUGUUAUCACUGCGCCACUUCCCAUCCGCUUAUCAGUGGGGUGUCGGAUCUUCCGCGGUAUCGGGUUGAACCGAAGGCGGGGUACAUGGAGCAUCAUAUCUUCAACAAGGAGAGUGCAGAUGCGCAAUUUCGACGGGCCAUUACGUAUUUUUAUCCGACGACGUCGGUGACUGUCACGGACAAAUUCUUCUACAUCCAACGCAUGAUCCCGGUCAGUGCGACGACGAGCAAGAUUGAAAAUGAAGUGUAUCGGCACAAGGACGCCACGGAUGAAGAGUUUGCCAACAUCAACGCGUUCUACCGGCAGGUGCUGGAUGAAGACAAGGAUCUCUGUGUCGGGGCGCAGGAGAAUCUCAGUGCGGGAGUCUUUAUCAACGGCGAGCUGCAUCCAGACAAGGAGCGGGGACCGAUUCAUUUCCAGGAGAAUGUGAGAAGCAUGGUGAUGGAGCACCGGCAGAAAGAAGAGGCACAAGGCGGACAAGAGAUCUGGCCCGCGUUGCCUAAAGUGACGGGCGCGAUGCGGUCGGGCAAACUGGCCGAGGAGGAAAACUUCUGCUCCCAGCUGGAGGCGGCCAGUUGUAUGGCCCGACCGGAGCUGGCGUGGUAAUCUCUCUGGAUCCUUUGUAAAUAGCAUUUGAGCACUGCAUUUGAGCGGUUAUGUCAG